AUGCCUAAAAGAGAUUUACAUGUAGAUUCUCUGGAUAAUAGUAUUGUUGACAUAAACAGUGAAACAGAAGAAAUUGAAGACUUGUUUCUUGUUGUGUUCUAUAGAGAUACUGAGAGUGGUGUAGAUGCUUUGGAAGAUUGGUCUCUCGAUAAGGCACCUUCCAUGGAAAAUAAGAUCAAUAAAGGAGAUUUUGGAGGCUUUGUUCUCGAUGUUUUUUUCAUAGAAAAUGAGAACAAAGUGUUUGUAACUACUUUAAACAGUAAAGAAGUUAACUCUAACGAAGAUAAGUUGGUGAAAACUAGAAACAAGAAGGAUAUGGAAGCUGGAGCAGUCGGACUCUUCAUGCAUUUCCAGUUAUCUCCUCGAACUCUAACAAAAUCGGAGGAUAUGGUUUCGUCUAACGAAAAAGAGAAGCAUAAUGGAGUUAGUGCAAACCAAUGGGAAUUGUUAGUGCUCUCAUGGCAGGCUCGUUCUGAUACAAUUAUUUCUGCGGUCAUGACUUCGUGCGACUUAUGGUUUGACUUUAUGAGUGAUACGAUAAUUUGGGGUAAAAUUUGCCCAUGUGAAGGAGCUGAGAAAUUGCUCUUUCUAAUAAUAGAUGAAAGACCAAUACUAAUUGCAUGCAUGGGAUGUGAUUGGAAACAAGAAAGUAAUGAUGUUGAGGAUGAGAAUUUUUCUGCGCCUUCACUUGGAAAGUCAAGUUCGACAUCUUUUAAGCAGAAUAUGGAGAACGGGGGGAGGCAGUUGUUUAUGUUAUUCCAGUCUCUUGGUCCUUCAUUCAGUAAGAAGGGUCCGACAGUUGAAGGAACUACAUCUUCUGGGCGGAAUGGACCGCCUUUUGCAGUCAUCAAAAGCUUGGGACAGACACACAAAUAUGGUGAAAAUGGUUUUAACUUUGGUGAAGAAGGAGAUGAAAUGACCCGUGUCAUUUGGAAAUUAAUCAAGGAUAAGCUCAUCUUGCCCUUUGUGGAGUUGGAUAUAAAAUACUUCGAUCUUGGCCUUCCUCACCGUGAUGCCACAGAUGAUAAGGUUAUAAUUGAAAGCUCUAAGGCUAAUUUAAAGUAUAAUAUAGCAAUUAAGUGUGCAACUAUCACUCUAAAUGAGGCUCGUAUGAAGAAGUUUAACUUGAAGCGUAUGUGGAAGAGACCAAAUGGGACAAUUAGGAAUAUUCCAAAUGGUAUGAUAUUCAGGGAACCAAUCCUCUGCAAAAACAUCCCUCGACUUGUCCCAGGGUGGUCAAAACCGAUAUGCAUUGGCAGACAUGCUUUUGGUGAUCAAUAUCGAGAUACUGAUAUAGUAAUUCAAGGAGCUGGAAAACUCAAAUUAGUAUUUGUACCAGAAGGGAUAGAUCAAAAGAUCGAGUUCGAGGUUUACAACUUCACUGGUGCUGGUGGAGUAGCUCUAUCCAUAUACAAUGAGUCUAUUCAUUCUUUCACUGAAGCUUCUAUGAACAUGGCUUACCAAAAGAAAUGGCCACUCUAUCUUAGCACAAAGAAUAUCAUCCUUAAGAAAUACGACGGAAGAUUCAAGGACAUAUUCCAGGAAGUUUAUAAGUCAAACUGGAAGUUGAAAUUUGAAGAAGAUGGGAUAUGA